CACACCCAUUCAAUUCGAGCAUUUACAAAAUAAAAAAAAACUUUAGCAGACAACACACGUGUUUUCUUAUUUUAGUUUAUUUUAAAUUAUUUAGUGAAUAAAAAGUGAAAAAUAUAUAGAAAUGCGUCGUCCCAAGAAGUAUGAAUCCGGUGAGGCUACCCAAUAUAUCACACGUAGAGCUGCUUUACGAAAAUUACAAUUGUCCCUAAAUGAUUUUCGUCGUUUGUGCAUUGUUAAAGGUGUCUAUCCCAGAGAACCUAAACAUCGUCGCCGUGCACAGAAAGGUUCUUCAGAUAUAAAAAUUCUCUAUCAUGCUAAGGAUAUAAGAUUCUUAUUACACGAGCCUAUAGUUUGGACUUUGCGUGAUUACAAAAUUUUUGCCAAAAAGACCGGACGCGAUCGUGCUAUUAAAGAUUUCCGCAACUUGAAAAGACGUUUGGCUCAAUUUCCUGAAUUAAAAAUUGACCAUAUUGUUAAAGAACGUUAUCCUACCUUUAUAGAUGCUAUUAAAGAUUUGGACGAUUGUCUGACUUUGUUGUUCCUAUUCAGUACCUUCCCUUCCUUGAGAUUGAUUCCACGUGAGCAGUCUGUUUUGUGCCGUCGUUUGACUAUCGAAUUUUUACAUUAUAUCAUUGCCUCCAAGUCAUUGAGAAAGGUGUUCAUUUCAAUAAAAGGUUAUUAUUUCCAAGCCGAUAUAAAGGGACAAAAAGUAACCUGGAUAGUACCUCAUUACUACCCAUUCAAACCACAUUCUAAGGCCGAGGUUGACUUUAAAGUAAUGUCAAUUUUUGUUGAAUUCUACACUGUCAUGUUGGGUUUCGUCAAUUUCCGUUUAUAUAACAGCAUUAAUCUUGCUUAUCCACCACAAUUUCCCACUGGUGUCUUAAAUGACAGCGAAGAGACCCUAAAGGAUGAAGCAUCUUUCGUUUCUGACCGCAUAGCUGCUUUAAAUUUCCAACUUAUGCGCACUGACAAAGUGGAAGAGGAUGAAGAAGAAAAUGAAAUGGAUUUGGAGUUAUUGGAACAGGAUGGAGACUCCAAACGUGUUUUGAAAAUGAAGCAAGAGGCUCAAGAAAUUGCACGUCUAAAGAGUUUAUUCAAGGGUCUUAAAAUCUUUAUAAACCGUGAAGUUCCCCGUGAACCAUUGGUAAUACUUAUUCGUUCUUUUGGUGGAAAAGUUUCUUGGGAUUCUACCGUCUUCCCAGGAGCUACUUUUGAAGAGACAGAUGAAACCAUCACACAUCAAAUUGUUGAUCGCCCAAGCCUUAGUAAACAAUAUAUUUCAAGAGAUUAUGUUCAGCCACAAUGGGUGUUUGAUUGCAUUAAUAGACGUCAAUUGUUGCCUACCAACAAAUACUUCAUGGGCGUAGUAUUGCCACCUCAUCUUUCGCCCUUCGUGGAAGCUAAUCGUGAUGCUUAUAUACCUCCUGAGGAGAAAUCAUUGCACGAUCCUUCUUUGAUUGAGACACACGAACAAAGUGAUGCUGAAUCUUCAGAAAACGAAGAAGAAAUGGAAAAUAAUGAAGAAAAUCAAAACCUAAUAGAUGCUCAAUUACAACAAGCCUAUCAAGAGGAAAAGGCAGAAUUCGAGCAAUAUGGUGAUGAUGUCAAUGAAGAUGAAGUCGAGGAUGAAGAAGCUAGCAGCGAAGAUGAUGAAGAAUUGGAUGAAAAAGAAAAAUUACGUUUGCAAGAGAAAAAGAAAAUGGCUGUACAGUCCGGCAAAGUACAUAAAGAAAACAAACGUUUGUUGCGCAAAAGUGAAGUGGACGAACAUCGUCUGCAGGCUCGUAUGGUUAAGCCUAGACAUCGUAAUCUUUUCCGUAAAUUGAUACGCGAAAAACAAUCAAAGGAAAAAGAAGAAUGGUUGUUGAAAAAGAAACGUCGUGUUAUCGAUGCCAAAACUAAGGAAGAGAAAAAGGCCUCAAAGAAAGCAGCUAAAAAAGCUGCCCAAGCUUCAGUUGCUGUUAAGAAUUAGUUAUUAGUUUAUACAUUUUCAUUAAUAUUAGGUUUAAAUUUUUAAUAUCAUCGAUUAAUUUUCUUUAUCACUAAUGUGUGGUAUAUAAAACUAAUUAGAAGUGUAAAUAAAACAAAAAAAUAUAUAAAAUCUAUUUCAGAAAAACAAAA